CAAUGCACUGCAGCCCUGGUUUAUUUGGGGAAAAAAAUUAAGAGGGAGCAGCAGCGGAGAGACGGGUGAUAAAUUAAUUAGCCACUGCUACCACAUAACCCGCGGCGCUCCGGAUAUAAGACACCUGAACUUGACUCGCAAGCACAGAAGCAGCAGCUAUUGCUAGAUUCCCAGCUGCCAACCAGGGUCAAGACCGUUGCUGCAGCUGCUGUAGGUGAGGACGAUGGCUGAACUGGUGCGGGACUGGCUGGCGGACUACCAGCGGACGCGGGGCCAGCCGGCCGAGGCGGAAGCCUUCGUAGUGGAGCAUGAAACGGACCCGGAGAUUGCUGAGGCCAUCUUCACCAUUUUCAACGAGCGGCAACGCAAUGAGGCGAUGGUGCACGACAUCUGCCAGCAGCUGCUGGCCUUUUACCGCUCGCCGGAGUUAACCCUACACAAGUUUCCGCUGCAGUUCAUUCCGGUGCUAAUCUACACGUACCUGCACUCGGUGGCCGGGGGCGAUAAGAAGGCGGCCCGCGGCGUGGAGACGCUGCUCAUCUGCAUUUACAACGGCGAGGUGUCCACCGACGAUGGCGGCCAGCGCGUGGUGGCCUUCCGCAUGCCUAUCCUGGCCCAGACGUCCGUCUACCACGAGCUGAAAAACCUGCCCAUGACGGACCUGCGGCGAUGGGAGGAGAACUGUAAUCGGGAGGUCAAGUGGGGUCCGCACCAGCGCAUCGAGUCAAUACACGCCCAGAACCGCAUGCGCAUCCUCACGGCGCUGCUCUUCUGCUACAACCAGCAGGUUAGCCAGACGCAGAAGUCCUCGCUGCUCCACCUUUGCCGCGUUACGUCGCAGCUGGUCAACCAGGGCUUCACCACGAAGUCAGGCCACGGCCACCGCAUGAGCUAUGGCUCCGAUCCGGCAACGGGAACCCCCUUCCCCAAGCCCUCCUCGCCACGCAUUCCUCUGUCCGCCGCCUUCCUUAUCGAGCUGGUUCACGCCAUUUAUUUUGCCAUGUUUAAUGGCUAUGGCACGAUAGCCAUUCAGACGCUGGACGACAUCCACAACCGGGCCACCUAUGAGAUGUACUCGGAGCUGAUCCUGGUGACCAGUGCGGUGCGCAACUCGCUACACGCCAAUCCUUCCGGUCAGCCCAACGACGGCCCCAUGGGCCUCAGUGUGGCCUUGACGCCGGCCACCACGACAGUGACCACAUCUGUGUCAAAAUCCAUGAUUACGAACGCCUCCUUCCGUACGAAAAAACUGCCCGACGACAUACCCAUCCAGGUGCAAGACCUUACCAUGCAACAGGCGCCGCAGCAGCUGGCCAGCGUGACGGAGGAGGCAGAGCCCGGCUCUAAGGAGUCCCCAUCGACAAAGGAGAAGGAGAGCUCCGGAUCGCGUACAUCCAUCAUGCGACCCAGCAUGGAGGGGAUUAAGGCGCAGGCACACAAGGCGCUCAUUGCCGGCUUCAAGAAGUCCAAGGAUAAGGAGAAGGAAAAGGACAAGGAGCCGCCAAAGCCGCCGCAGCGCAAGUUCGACAAACACACGCAGCGCAAUUCGUUGCUCCAGUUGCAGGCGGAAACUCCCAGUGCGAACUCUACAAGUGGGGAUGUAGGGAUGCAACCAACAGCCGGCGAUGUCCUGCCCCUGCAGACGCUUUCGCUGAUCAACGAGAAUGGAAGCAACAGUUUCAGUGUGGACAGCGACCUCAACGAUGGAGUAAUGGCAGUGAAUGUCACACCCCUGCCCGCGCUGAGCAGCACCACCAACUCGGUGACCAGCAGUGACCUGCUCACCAAGAGUUUCGACUCCAGCAUCGAAAUGGCGCCGCUGGGCCACAGCAGCAGCAACGGCGGCAAGCUGACCGAGCACGGCCUGACAGCGGCGACGGCGGAAUAGAGUGUGCAAACCGAUUAGCCAAAUUCAAGUAUCAAGUAUAUAUAUACUUACAACCAUUGCAAGGGCUCCGGCGGUGGUGAAGGAUUAAGGAUCGUUUGAGCCAGCUACUCCUUCGCCGCCCCUACUAUAUAUGUAUUCGCCACCUCAACCACUGUGUAUUAUCCGUAACGGGAGCCGGAGGCGGCGGGACAGUUGAUUCGACUUUAUGGAUUAAGGAUCGUUUGAAUUUGUUAAAUUUGAUGAUGGGUUUCCUUAGUUGUUCGUGCGCAUGUAUGUAUUAUCUAUCAUAUAUUCCAAAGCCCAAUUGUUGGUUAGGCUAAGUGUUGCUAGGACGUCACAACAGUUAUAUACACAAAACUCUCUGCUGCAUGCAAAUUGCCUCAAAUUAGAGGAAAAAACGAUGCUCCAUUUUCGGGGAGCAGCAGAAACAGAUACACACACACACACAUCCCCGGUGCAUUUCACUUGUUUUAAGGCAAGGCAGCAGACAUACAUUCGGCCAUCGUUGGGUCCACCAGGUAACUUCAAUUGAAUUCUACAGGAAACCGGAUUAGUUCUGUCACUUAUUAGCAUAUAUAUAAAUAUAUACAGGCAUGAGUAAACUAAUAUAUACAUA